AUGUUGGUUGCAAAGUGUGCGGUCCGCAAACACCGUGACCCCGUUCCCUCUUGUGUCCUCUGUGUCUUCCUCUUCUUCCACGUCAUCAACCAACUUUCACCGUUCUCAAUGUAAGAUCCAUCCCAUCCAAUGCUCUCUUUUCGCAAUUUUCCCAUUUCUGCAGUGUCAAGAUGUCGUCGUUCACCUCGAAAACGAGCUACACUCUGGCCAAAUCGAUGAACCAACGAAGGCCCGCGUUGACGAACCGAACCUUGCCGAAAAGCUCUGAAUGCACCUCCGCAAGAUGGAGCAAUGAUGCUGAGUGUGGGCGGAGUCCAAGUGUUGUCUACCACCGGAUCGACAGAUGA